AUGGCCAAAGCUUAUAUUCUGGGCAGCCUAGGACCAAGACCGUCACACUACUGUCAACUGCGAAAGACAGUGACUCCCGGACAGGUGGCCCCAGUAGGAAGAUUUGUUGUGAUGGCAUUAGUGUUUCGAAUAGUGAUGCAGUUCGUUGGACUUUUUUUAUCUUUGCUGGGAUGGGUUUUGUCCAUUAUUACAACUUAUCUGCCACACUGGAAACACCUCAACCUGGACCUGAACGAAAUGGAGAACUGGACCAUGGGACUCUGGCAGGCCUGUGUCAUCCAAGAGGAAGUGGGGACCCAGUGCAAGGACUUUGAGUCCUUCCUGGCGCUGCCUGCGGAACUCAGGAUCUCCCGGAUUUUAAUGUUCCUGUCCAACGGGCUGGGGCUCCUGGGCCUGCUGGUCUCUGGCUUUGGGCUGGACUGCUUGCGGAUCGGAGAGACGCGGCCUGGCCUCAAGAAGGGGCUGCUGAUC